UGUUUGCUCCUUCUUUGCGGGAAAAUAAGUAUUCGGAAGCACCUCCCAACAUUGGAUGGAUGAAUGCUUCUUUCAAACAUUGAAGGAUAUUUGUGUCUUUUCAUUUCCAAGUUCUCUUUUAGUGCCUUCUGGAAUACAUAUACAUUGACUUUCCCGCUGCAUCAGCAUACGUUCUAGAUAAUUUCCAGAAAACGUCUAGAAACUCAGCCAAAAUGGUGUCAUCUUUUAAAACUCUUGUCAUUUUGGCAUGUCUGCUAAUGACUGAAGCUACGCCCUUACUUAAGAAGAAGGGGCUGAGCUUCGAUUACAAUGGCAGUAAGGUUCGGGGCGUCAAUCUAGGAGGAUGGUUCGUGCUGGAGCCCUGGAUUACUCCGUCGUUGUUCUAUGGGUCUUGGGCAGAUGAGUACACUCUGACUCAAAUACUUGGGAAAUCUGCUUCACAAAAUCUAUUAAACGCACAUUGGGCAACCUGGAUUACGCAGAAUGAUUUCAAUGAGAUUGCAAGUGUAGGCUUGAAUCAUGUCCGUAUACCAAUUGGAUAUUGGGCUUUGAAUCCAUUGCCUGGAGAUCCUUAUGUCCAAGGACAGUUGACUUACUUGGACAAAGCUAUUGGCUGGGCGAGACAAGCAGGGUUGAAAGUGAUUUUGGAUGUUCACGGGGCGCCAGGAAGUCAAAAUGGGUUCGAUAAUUCGGGACGGAAAGGACCUGUCACUUGGACCCAAGGAAAUAGUACCAAGCAAACGUUGGCUGCCAUCCAAACGCUGGCCUACCGCUAUGCCCCAGCCACAGAUGUUGUGACUGGGAUUGAGCUUCUCAAUGAACCGGCGAAUUGGGCUCUUGACAUGGGAGCAGUUAAGCAAUUCUACUAUGAUGGUUGGGGAAAUGUGAGAAACGCGAAUCCUGAUACCGCGGUCGUCAUUCAUGACGCUUUUCUUGCUCCACCUUCAUGGAAUGGUUUCAUGAACUACCAAUCUGGAGUCAAUGAUAUCAUUCUCGAUACCCAUAUCUAUCAAAUCUUUUCCUUUGCAGAGGUCGCCAUGAAGCCUUGUCAACAUAUUCAGGUUGCUUGUAGCCAAGUCGGAAACCUGGCGAAUACAGACAAAUGGACAAUCGUUGGCGAAUUCAGUGGAGCACAAACAGACUGUGCAAAAUGGUUGAAUGGCUUCGGUGUUGGUUCUCGAUACGAUGGAUCAUAUCCCGGGAGUCCCGCGUGGUAUGGAUCUUGCCAGACGAAAGAUGUUGGGACAGUUGACGGGCUACUUGAAGUCGACAAAGUGAAUCUGGCAUAUUUCAUGGAAGCACAACUUGAUGCAUAUGAAGCUCACUCAGGUUGGGUUUUCUGGACGUGGAAGACGGAAUCUGCUCCUGAGUGGCACUUCCAAAACUUGACAAGAGCGGGAUUGAUCCCGCAGCCUUUGACGAGCAGAAAAUACGGGAAGCAAUGCGCAACUUCAGCUUGUUUGAUUCCAGGCAACUGAAGAUUUUCCGUACUGCUUCACAAGAAAACAUGUAAUUUCUUUUGGGGGUGAUUCAAGAGAGCAAAUACGGGCCCAAUGAUAUUCAUACAUGCAAUUUUUUGGAGGAUGGCAUUUUGGCGAGAUUUACGAUGCAAUAACGAUACCCCUUCAUUCGCUCGGGGAUUUGGGAGCAAGAUAGAUUCUAGUUAUCGGGGAGCAGCGAAGAAUUAGAGUGCAAGGCAUGCCAAGAGAGGGGUAAUUGAUUGGUGUAACACCUAAUGAAUGAAUGCCCCGAGCGUCCUUUUCCUGAUCGUUAAGAAUAGCACGUGAGGUACGAAGAUAGAUGAG